CGGGAUCUAGCCUCGGUCGGUCGUCGCUCUCAGUCCAGGGCGCUGGUGCGGGAGCGCGAACCUAAAGCGCUUCCGCCCGGGCAGGGGGUGCGGAGCGGUCGUUUCUCCCGCUUGCGGGCGCGGGGAGCCCCGCGAGUAACACAUGGAGGACAUUGGAAGACUCUCCUUUCAGUUAAACUGGUAAAAGAUCACUUGGAUGGUUUUAAAGCUGGAUCAAAUUUCUGAACUUCCUUCAUGUGAUUUUUAUGCUUGCAGCUUCAACAGGAUUCAGAGUUCCAUGACUUCCAAAACAUUUAGACAGAAAUAAGCAGAUGUCUACACUUUCCUGAAAUUCCAUAUUAGGCAGCUAUCUUUGGACAGUAUCCAGAUUAGGGUAUUAUUCCAACAUACAGUUCAAUUUGAAGACUCAUAGCAUCGAUGAAAAAUCUGAGAGUCCUUUUUUUACAAACUGUUUGUUUAAGAUGGACACACUGUUGUUAAUUUGGAGAAGAGACUAGUAACUUCCUAGGCAGGGUGUCAUUACUUACAUGAAUAACAGCUGCUGCUGAAGCAAUUUCUCAGAUAUAGUAUGGGCUUUUUUAGUGUGUAUUGAAAAAGUAAUUAGAAAUUCUGCAAUAACAUUACCUGCUUUGAUAAAAUAGUCCUAUAAUCAAUUUCAUUUUUAUGUUAAAGUAGUAAGCUUUUCAAGUUGAAAGUAAUUUUUAAACCAGAUUCAACCUUUUAAAUUACUUAUUAUUUAUUUGAGAAUUUUCCCCGCCAUAACAUGAAAACUGGUAAUCAUGCAGUAAGAAAUUUCUGAUAUAGGUAUUUAUUUCUGCCAAUGUAAAACGAAGGUGUAAAUAACCAGUUCAUGUUAAAUUGUUUUAGUAGUAGUAGUUGAUGAUGAUGAUGAUAUUUGAAUCUUCACAGAAAUAAAGGAGGUUUAGCUUCCCGGAAAUUUGUUCAGGACUGUUCAGUUUUCCUUUGUUUGCACUGCAAAUUUACAUAUUUUCAUAGUGACUAGUAUCAAAAUGAAAAAUGUAGCCUAAUUAUUACUGUAGUUCUAUAUACAGCUGUAGGGCAGACAAACUUGUUCCAAUUUCUCUAUAUUAUGAACCUGUGACUAUUCAAAAAUAUAAAAUGGUGGUAUUUAUAGCUUUAGCCAGUUAAUGUAUAAAACACAUUUAUCUGUGUGAAUUAAUUAUUUGAAAAUUUAACAUGACUGCCAGAAAAAUAAGUUAAUGAUGUUUUGUGGCAUUUUAUGUUAAAAUUUGAAGUUUUGUAUUUAUUGCACAAAAAUAUAUUUUCUCAAAAAAAAAAAAUACAAAAAGCAUGUCUGGAAGACCCCAAAUCCAUAUUUUUUUGGGAGCACCCAUCAUUCCAACCCCACUGGAGGUGUCAGAGGAACAGAGUUUUUCGGUAGCCGCCACUGAAACAUGGAAAGAACUCCACCUUUCAUCUGACAAACAUGCCUUCCAUCUUUUUGCUGGAAAAUGCAAAAGCAUGGGUCAUGUGGAACAUCAGGCACCAGACCCUAGAGACUCAACUGUGUACACAAGAGAUCAUUUCUCUGUGAACUCUGAACAAGGGAGGUUUGGAGUGGCAGAUUAUUUAACAUCGUGUGUACCUGUAGGUGGAGGGAUGAAAACUCAUGGCAGUACAUUGAAGAGGACUGGUGAUGUAACUUCCUAUUGUUCUCAAAUAUCUGGAGAUAGAGACACAUGCAAAAAUAUGAUUCAAGUUGCAUAUCAACAGCUUCCGCAUAUAUUUACAAAAACAGAUGGACAGUAUACAAGACCCUCAAAUGACUGCCUUCCAAACCUCUCUGUAAAAGGUGUCAGACAUCUGGAAGAUAAGUGCUGUGAUAUUUCUGAUUUGGUUUCCAGUACUAAACAGAUCAGCAUACAUUUAAAGUCUAUGGGAAAAGAAGAUGUUCCAUCAGACAAUCAUAGUGUCCAUCAUGAACAUCUUAGUCAGUACCUGGAAAUGUUUUUUCCCAAAAUAGCAAAGGAGUCAAAAACAAAAAAAACACUGCGUGAUUGUUCAGACUUUGCAAUAUCAACAGACACCGAAUUUCUUAGUAUAAUGAUGUCAAGUCAAGUUGCCAUUCUUUCACAAAAGCCCUUUAAAGAACAGAAUCAAAUGCAGAGAGAAGCCAUGAAACUAAAGGGAAUAGAAGGAGGAAAAAAAUAUAGAGAAAAUAAAGUAUUAAAUGAAUCUUUCCAGACUAAUUUUGUUGUUGGAGCAUGUAUUAAUGUGCCUGAGAGUGACCACCAACAAGAGUCUGCAAACUCCCUUGAACUUUUCAGUUCGGAGAGUGCUGGGAACAUUAUCUGUCUUGAGGCUACAAGAAGAGAAACAAGUUCUCAGGAAAAUGCAGAGGACUCUCAAGAACUUGUCAGUUAUGAACAACUGCUGAAUGAGAUCCGUAUUGAACCAUUGAGCUCAGGAAUAUUGUGCUCCCAAGAAGAUAAUUAUUAUAAAGGCACUUCUAAAAGAACCCGAACAUCUGAAGAUGCCCUAAGUAUUUCUUACUCUACACUUAAAACUCAGCAGAAAUCAAAGAGAGCUAAAUUGGUUUGUUCUCCAACCAGUCCUGAAACAAAAGUAGAUCAAGAGAUGUUGUCAAGGUUUUUGAAACUUCAGAAGAAUCCAUUGCUACUUAAAAACUGCAGCUGCAAGAGCCAGAAGUACAGUGUUUUGGUCACAGUAGUACAUCCUUGUCAUGUCAAAGAAAUACAGAUAAAGUCAAGACCAAAAUCUUCCUCUAAAGUUCCCAUAGCAACUAUUGUAGUUAUUGACCAGUCAGAUAUCGAGAGGAAGGUUGUGCUGUGGCGGGCUGCUGCAUUUUGGUCACUCACAGUGUUUCCUGGAGAUAUUGUACUACUCACAGAUGUCACUGUGUUUGAGAACCAUUGGUAUGGAGAAAAGAUGCUGCAGUCAACAUUUACCAGCCAGUUAUUUAAUCUGGGGAGCUGCUCAGCUAUCGAUCCCAAACAAUGUGAGACUGCAAUAUUUUCCCAUGUUGUAGAUGUUGAUGGUCUCCAAGAUUUAUUGGCAUAUGUGUCUUCAAAAUUUGCCUACUUGAAAGAUCUCCCACACAGACAACCGCAGAAGUUGGAUAGCAUACAGCAUGUCCAGCUAGACCAACUUCAGCCAGAUACAUUGGUGCAUUCAGUACUAAAACUUGUCAGCAUCACUCUACUAACAGAGUCUGUAUACAGUUACAAAGGAGAAAAGCAAAGAAAAAUUAUUCUAACAGUGGAACAGAUCCGAGAUCAGCACUAUCUGAUGGUAUUAUGGGGAGCAGGGGCAGCCUGGUGUCCUCAACUUCAAAGGAAAAAGGAUCACAUAUGGGAAUUUAAAUAUCUACUUGCCCAGCGUAGUUCUAUUUCAGGUGACAUUGAACUGCACACAACUCCAUGGUCAUCCUGUGAGUGUCUAUUUGAUGAUGAUAAAAGGGCAGUUGAAUUUAAAGAGAAGUUUCAAAAAAGUGAAAAGUCUCUCAUGAAAAUGACAAAUCUGUCAACACACCUGGAGGAAAAAUGUUCAGGUUGUGCAAAAUGUGGGUUGGAACUACAGACCGAUGAGAACAAGAUCUACAAGCAGUGCCUUCGUUGCUUACCAUUUAACAAAGUGAGAAAGUUCUACAGUGCCUCCCUCAGAUACUACCUAUGGCAUGAUAGUGGCAGACCUGUGCCACUCCCUACUAGCAGACACUGAAGCAUCCUAUCUGUUGGACAUUAGGAGCCAUUUUGUGCUGGAUGAAAACAGCUAUCCUUUGCAACAGGAUUUCUUUCUGCUGGAUUUCCAUCCUGAUCUCUGAAGCGUUGUCCUCCACAGCGACUGAUUAACAGAGACCUUAUGAACAAGCAGAUUGGGGAAAAAAAGAGAGAGAGAGAAGAAAAAUUAAUUAUCUCAUGGAAGGAAGUUGUAAAAAAGCACAGUGAAAAAGGGCUUUAUCUUUACUUUGUACCAAAAGCUAAAAGACUAAAAAUGAAAUUCCACCAAUUGUAUAUAUUGCUUCUGUAGUAUUUUAUGAAUUGUCAUAUAGGUUGUAUAUGCUGUACUUAAAGAUUUUUCAUAUAUCUUUAUUUUAAAAAUGAUUUCACCAGUGUUUUCUCCUCGUCUUCCUCUUUUCUCAGCCCCUUCAGAAAAGUCUUCUGAUGUUGAUAGACAGUGAAGUUUUAUGAACAUUGGUAGAGGAGAGGGAAGCCACUAUUCUGUAGUAUGAUCUUAGUUGUUAGAGACUCUGUUUUCGUUAUUUCUUAUGUCUUUGCUUUGGUUCCCCUCCUCUCUCCUUCAGAUAGCAGAGUCUUCUUCAUUUUCUCCUAACAAUAUAGUCUUGCCUCCCUCCCACCAGAACCCUUUCUCAUUCAAGAAUCCCAGUUUCUGAGCCCACCAUACAAAUUGGGACUGGUCUUCACACACAAGUCAUACUGGUUUAACUAAAACUGAUAUUAAAAACCUGUUGAGUUAAAUUGCUGCAAACUCCUUUGUGGACCCUCUUAAAUUAAUUUAACCCUGGUAUAUAUUGAUUUAUCUUAAGCUGUCAAGAAAUUGAUUGAAGCCAAAUCAAUAUAAGCCAAAUUUCUAUCUCAUUAACAGUGUCCAUGCAGGGUUUUUCACCAAUUUAAAUGGAUUUAAAAACACAUCUUCAGUUACAUUUUGGCUCACCUUUGCAUGCAGACUGGGCCUAAAGCCAAUGGGUAGCAAAUAUACAGAAAUCAUGAGUUGACUCCCAUCUCGUCCACAGUUUCACUGCUGGAGGGGCUAAUAGAGCCAGUCAGUGUGUGGAUAGUUCUGUGUCUGGCCUUAACAAUUUUCCCAUGUUUAGUUUUUAAGAGAAAUCUUGUCUGAGCACAGGAUUGGUACCGAACAACUCCUGAGUUGUAAUUCUGGCUUUGUCAUUUGCUACUUCUGUUUUCUUGGACCAGUCAUUUAACCCUCUAUCAUAUUUGUACCUCCUGCUCUAAAAUGGGAUGACCUCUCAGGAAUGUCAUGAGGAUCAGUUAAUGUUGGUAAACCACUGAGAGAGCAAAAAGUGCUGCCCAGCACUUUCCAAUCUUAUCCAAGUAUAGACCUUUUCCAUCUUUGUUUUGCUGUAGUCCUCUCCCCUCUAUAUCAAGCCUAUUUUAGUUGUUUCUUAUCUCAUUGUGUUAUUGUGUUCAUACUGAGUUUGAAAACUUUACCUUGCAAAUAAACUAUAAAGCAUCUUAUGAAAGGUUGAAAUUCUAAUAAUUAUUCUAAUUCCUUUCCUGAAGAACCUCUCAUCUGGUGCUUGCAGACCUGCCCAUCAUAGUUUUAACUGCUAAUUCAACAUCUAUUACCACAAAUCAAAUAAAUUCCUUUACGCACAACUAUAUAUGCAUGCCAGCUUAUCGGUUAAUUCAUCUUACUUCCUGGAUAUGCACGAGGGUGGUUCUGCAGAGCAAAAACAUAUGUGUAUCUCUUGGAGAGUAACGUGGUUUUAACAAACUAGGGAAAAAAGAUUGUUAUACUAAAACUGUAAUAUUUAAUAAAUGAAAAUCAAGAGUUCUGGUAAACUUAAACAGAUACAUAAAACAACAAUCUGCUUAUUAAGCCAUAUUUCUUGGCAGAGCACAUCCCGUCGGUGCUCUGCAUUGCUGCCUAUACAGUUGCCUGUAAUAACCUGGAUCUGCUGACCUUCAGGGCAUACUACAAGGUGUAACCAUUGGCUUUUCUGUGAAGGUAGCAAUGUAAAGGGAGCUAAUGGGUUGGGGGAGGAGUUCUGUUGUGAACUGAAUUUUUUGGGAGCAGUUGAAGUGGUUAGCUGCUUGUUUCAGCUUUUAUUAUUUUAUUUUAUUAAGACCAAGGUGUGCAAAGUGCUAGAUAGGUGCUUUUUUGAGUACUUUUUAUACAUCAAAAUAAACUAUGCUUUCCUCUUU